UAUUUCUCUAUAUUCAGUUGUCACCUAGCAACAGUGAUAUGAUACAGCAACAUAAAAGUCUGAUGGUGGAAGCCCGACAGUAUGCACGUAAGAUGAGUAUGAUGAUAUUAUCUGAUAAAGGAAAUGAGAAAGAUGCAGACAAAGAAGAAAAAAAUGAUCAGGAGACUGAUUACCAGAAGCUUGGUCUGUGUGAAGCAUUACUGCAGCUUGGUGAUUGGCAUCACGCCAAGUUAUUGAUGGAUAAACUGCCACCAUUUACAGCAGCUCUAAAGAAGCCCAUUGCACUUGCUAUGUGUCAUCUUAUACAUGCAACAAUUGAACCACUCUAUAACAA